UUCUACGCACAUGCGCAGAGGUCACAUGUGAACGCAAGACGUUCCUAAGAGUUCAAAAUGGAGUAACGUUGACGACAAAGGCACGAAGGAAUUGUCCAGUCUAGUCAUAAUACUCUAUAGACAGGUCUGGUCAGUCGUGGUUAAGAGCAAACAUCUCGGUUCAGCAAGUUACUGCCUCAUUCAGCUCACGUCGACUACAGAUGAAUAUGGAGCCACCAAAGCAAGCAAGUCCAGACUCUGGUUGUCAGGAUGUCAAUCCAGUGUUUCUUCAACAACUUAGAGAGCUGGAUAUUCCAGAAGAGGCAGCUAAACAGGCACUCCUGCAUACUCGGAAUGUUUCUGCUGAGGAGGCGGCCAUGUACUACUUCAACAAACUGGAGAAUGAGGAGGAGGGAGAUGAGGACCUGAUGUUCAAAAUGGUGUUUGUGGUCAACAUGGACCUUGCUAUGGGAGUUGGAAAGGUAGCGGCGCAGGUUGGCCAUGCCGCUGUGGGAUUGUACCAGACUUUGCAGGAGAAAAACAGCUGGAGGGAGAUGGCCUGGAAGUGGGACCACAGUGGAGCCAAGAAGAUUGUGCUCCAAGGUACCAAUGUGGCUCAUCUGUUGGAGCUCCAGGCCUUGGCCAUGAGCCUCAGUCUACCCACUUACCUGGUCCAGGAUGCAGGGCUUACUCAGGUGGAGUCUGGUUCCCGCACUGUCCUGGCUAUAAUGGGUGAGGAGGAAAUGGUGAACAAUGUGACUGGGAGUCUGAAGCUGCUGUGAUGUUCUCCAGACCAAAGCAGGGAAUGGAUGUGUGAUGCCUGACUGCGACAAGUAGAGGGCAGAAUUUCCCAAAGAAAGCAAGACGCUAGCAGUAGAACCACCUUUUUAAAGUUACACGAAAGUCAUCUACCCCAAACCUCACGUCACUUUCUUUACCCAUGGAAGUGGUCUUCAAACAUGAACAUUUCCAUCUGAUCAUUCUGUGCAGGGUGUGAUUGGCUUAAAAAUCAGUCUGGUAGUUAUAGAUUGGCUGGGAUGGGAGUUAGGAUUUUUCAAGGAUCAAAUUUGUUGUCAUUGUCUGAAUGCCGCUUUGAAAAGUUGUAAACGUUGGGCUACAACUAUGGACAAUUUUGAAAGGAUAAGUUGGACUAGUCAUUCGAUUAUUUAAUUAGGACACAUGUAGACAGUUAAUUGAACAUGGCUGCAUGUCAGGCUACUUCCAACAUAGAAAUUCAAGAAUAGUCUCAAGGUGGUGAUGGAAAAAAGCAAAGGCGCCUGCAUUGUAACUACUUAGCUGUUCUUCACAUGCUCGAGCAAUGCCGAGGGGCCCUCCGUGUUUUCCCACUACUACAUUUUGCAUCGCUUUGGUGUUUCUCAUCUCCAUCUUGCUGCGCUCUCGUCUUCCGUUGGCGGUGGGUUUUGCACUUGGAUAUGUCGCUGCUCUCCGGUGAAACCAUCUUAAUUCAAUUUAGUGUAGGAUAAUUGUCACGAACAACCCAUCCACUAAAUUAGUCAUCUCCUAGGGGACUAGUGGUUACAGCCUAGCUACGUGUGUGCAUAGUUUCCCAUUCCUUACUGCUUUGUACACUUAAUUAUUCCUCUUAUUUUCAACCGACACCUUACUGCUUUGUACACGAUUCCUUUUAUUUUCUAUUUGAAAAAGAAAAUGUUACUACUGAUGCAAACAUUGUUAUGUUGAGUAGGGCUGCAUCUAAUUAAUUAAAUAAUGAUUAAUCUGGGUUAUUUUCGAUAGAUCUGAUUUUUUUUUUUACACUUAAUUUUCCAGACAGAAGAUUUGAACUUACAAGUAAGUUCAGAAACCGUUUGAAUAUGAUGUUAAAAUAAUGUUACAGAAUAAGAAUGUAAACGUUUGACAAAUAGCCUCAAUAAAAUGUACACAAAUACAAUCAUGAUCAUAUUCUUAGUUUGAAGCGUUUUGGUGAAUGGAGUAAUUGGUUAAGCCAUUGAUGGACCAAAAGUAGUUGGGUGUACCACUGGAGCCAGGGUCUGGGUGAGACUGGGCCGCUUCAGGUUUUAAAAUUUUUUUUUAUUAAAUCAGAAAAAAAUAAGUAAACGGUCUUCGAUGCUUUUGCUUCUGCUAUACACUACACUUUUUCAGUGCUUUGGUUCCGGUUUUCCACAAGAAAAAAAAAUUAUAAAACAUUCCACUGUUCUCAUAUAUCUUAAUUUUUUAUUUACUACACAAAAUAAGACAACAAUAAAAAUAAAUCAGUAAUAAAUAAAAUAAUAAAACAGCAAACCUUUAACAUGAACAUUAGUGAAACUUCACCAUUUUACCCAAUUAGCAAGUUAGCAUCGUUACAUCUGGGAGCAGCGUCGUAACUUGCAAAAUCGCGUCAAUUUUAUCCGGUGUGCACACAGCUUUAAGCUGUCAUUUCUGGUACCAUGAUACCAUACAGCAUCCAUACUAAACUCGCACAGGCUGCACUAACAUUAAACUUUCAUAUCAAGGUGGGGGCCUCAAACCCACCCCUGGUGUACAACAUAUCAGAAAAGAGAAAAAUACCCAUCACUGUUUUCCGGCAUCAAAACUGGUGUGUUAAUAUCUGCUUUUGGCUGAAACACAAAGAUAAUGGGUCUGCUUUCAUGGAUGACUAAGGAGAUUUGAGGGGCGAAAAGCAUAUUUGCAUAUUUAAAUCAGAAAACAGUUACUAAAAUAUGAUGGAUUAACCAUGGAUUAAUUGUUGCAGCUCUACUGUUGAGUAUUUGAUGUUUUAUUGCAUGUAUUGGUCUGGGGUGUCCAAACUUUUCCCACCCAAGAUCUCAUACAAAACAAUCCUGUUUGCUGCUAAUUAUCAAGUUAAACAAAACAAAGGAGUGGUUUAUGAAAAGAAACAUACUGCAAAACCCAAAUAGCCUCCUGGUUGGACUUUGGACACCCCUGCUGUAAAUAUGGUUUGCAUUUAAUCAAGUUGCCACAUCUUUCAGUAUAGAUGAGUGUAAUGAUGUGUAUGUUACUCAUGUGUAGUAAUGAUCCUGACGGGAUAUUGGUAGACAUAAAUAUUGUCUUGUCCUGCUAUUUGUGAAAUGAUUGACUUGCUAAGUGUACUUUUUUGCAGAUGACACAUAUGCAUGUAUGACAUGUAUACUUAAUAUUCAGCAGAAAGUCAUCACAGCUUAAUUAUAUAUACAUCCUAACAAAUGUAUGCUGUAUUUCCGACUUGACAUUAAAUCUCCAUGGAGGACGGAUGGUGUAGCGUGAACAUUCAAUUCACCUUUAAAAC